GUUCAAUAACAAGUGCAUUUGAACCUAAUCAAUAUUCACAUUUACAUUUACAGUUCUCAAUAUGGGUGGCAAGGGUGGUGAUGGUGGUGCUAGCUACUGGAGAUGGCAAAGGAGGUGGAGGUGGGUGGUAGUGGGGGAGGUUCUGGCAUGAUGGUAGCCACGGCCAGUGGUGGCUCAUCCCACAUCUCUAGGGGCAGUUUUGAGAGCAAUCCUCAAGGGUACUUCUCUGGUCUGCAUGGAAGUGGAAAGAGCAGCAAACAAAAUUAUUGCGAUUAGACGCUUUAUGGUUUUCUUUGAUUUACACUUUGGUCGAUUUAAUUAAUUUUGUAAUGUUAAAAUAUAUCUAUAAAUCAAUCCCCUCUCAAUAUUUUGCUAAAACACGGAUGCUCGCCGCCUCCCUAGCUAGUAGUUGGUAAAGUUCCUUUGGAUUUGUGGGAAUUCUGUAAUGGGCAAGGAUAUCUAAGCAUGGAUAAAAGUUGAUGAUUUGU